AUGGAGGCACAUCCAAGGGGUUCCAUUAUCCACAAUGAGCCCGAGCCUAUAAAUCCGUUUCAUCGGGUCACAACCUCACGGCAAAACAAUACGAAACAUACUACCUCAAUAAUACCACUCGAGAGCAAGAAUAUUCUGUGCGAGGAUUUUGAAGAGUACUCUAGCAAUUGUACUUUUAAAGCUAGAAAGAUUUAUGAUUCGACGAUAACCCUGCCUUUGCCUAAUGAAUUAAGAAAUUGGUGCAAAGCAUUGAAGCAACUCGCAACCUGUGAAUACGAUUGGAACACGGAUUGCAAAGACGUUACAGAGAAGAAUUUCAACGAGUUCACAAUCCAGGGUCAAUUGCACGUUAUUGAUAAAGUGUGUCAUGACGACAGGUUUUCAGUGCACUACGACAUGCUCCUGGAUAAAUGCAUCAAGGCGAUAUCAAAGGACUGGACAACUUGUUUCUUGAAUAUGAAGUUUCACACAGACCUACGUAAAGCUGCUACAGAUAACUGGGCGCAUUAUGAAACUCACUUCUAUUUGUGCUGUGAAAAGACCCGUUUCCGUCGCUGCACUUUAGAGGUCCUGUUGAAUUUUCCGCAUCAAUGCACUUCUCAACAGUCUAUUUUGCUACAAAAAUUUUCGACUAUUAUAUCGGAGGGUGAAGUAUUUCAGGACUGUAACUUCAAUAUGAUGUACCCAAGCUGUCCAGGUGGGGAUCCGCGACCACCAACGGCUCUGGUCUCCAAGCUAAUGAAGGACGAACUUCGAUAUGUUCAAGAACUCAAGGCCAGCGCAUUUCGAUCAACGACAAUGGGGCCACUUCAAUUGAUUACAUUGUCUUAUUAUUAUAUUUUUAAAUAAUUC